AUGUCAUUUCUUCUAAUUUCUGGGUUUAGUUCUAAAGAGAAAAUGGAUGAGAGAUCGAUAGGUGCUGCUCAAACUGGUGAUGUAGAAGCUCUCUACAACUUAAUUCAACAAGACCCUUUUGUUCUUGAUAAGAUUGAUCAAGUCCCCUUUGUGGACACUCCUUUACAUGUUGCUAUAUCAGCCAACCUAACCCAUUUUACAAACAAGAUUGCAACCCUCAAACCAUCAUUUGUAGUCAAUAUAGCGAUCCAGGUUGGUAGAGCUUUGGCUCCCAUUGUUGUUGUCCAAUUUUUGUAUGUUCCGCUUGAGCGUGGUUUACGCCCUUUCAUGAGGAGUAACCAAUUGGAAACAUUUAAAUUGUUGUUUGAGUGGCUGCAAAAGCUUCAAGACAUCGAGGUUGGUGCCUCUGCCUUUUUGCUUGCACUGGAAAGUGCCAAAUUACAACGGUUAGGAAUGCAAUUAAAAUUGGCACGAUUGUUCGAUAAGAAGGAAGUAGAGAGGUUGUGGUGUUCUUUUGCUUGUACUAAGAGGGAAGUGGAAGACUUUGAGAUAAUAAAGGAUGGGCUCGAGAAAAUCAGGAGGGAAGAGGUGUUGAAUUGGAAGGACAAAGAAGGCAACACUGUUCUGCACCUUGCAACAUUCACUAAGCAAUGUGAGAUAAUUAAGAUAUUACUUAGCAAGAAUCCAGCACCCAGAACUCAAUUGGAUGUCAAUGCUGUAAAUGGAAAUAAUCAGACCGCCCUCGACAUCUUAUUCAAGCUUUGA